GGCCAAGCGGCUCGCGCGCUGCUCUUAGCCCGCCGCGCAUCCUGCUCAUCCUGACCCUCAUCCUGGUUAUCCUUCUCCUCCUCCUCAUCCUCCUCCUCAUCCUCCUCAACAUCACCUCCAUCCCCAUCGCCACCGCGGCCGUGUCCCGGAUCACGCGGAGUUGAAGAGGAUUCCAGUCUUGUGACUCUUUCCUGAAGGAAUUCCAGUCUCCUUCACCAAAAAACAUGGAGAAGUUUGCAUCAGGGCCUGUUCCUGUGUCUAAGAACGGAAUCCCUACUCCUCCUUCCCAGAAGAAGCCAGAUACAAACUCGUGCCCUCAUGCAGCUGGCAAGUGUGUUCUCCCUGGUGGGGUGGACAAUGAGAACUGCAAGAACAACGAGAAGGAAAGGCAGUGGAUACGCCCUGAUACACCCAGCAAGUGCACGUGGAAGCUUGGGAAACCCCUCUCUGCCUCCCCACAUCAUCAUGCCUCUCUGCCAGAGCCUCCAAAGAUCCUGCCAAACAUCCUGAAUAAAGUUGGCAAUACACCUUUGGUGCGAAUCAACAAGAUUGGGAAGCACUUUGGACUGAAGUGUGAACUCUUGGUCAAGUGCGAGUACUUCAAUGCCGGGGGCAGCGUCAAGGACCGCAUCAGCCUCAGGAUGGUGGAGGAUGCUGAGAAGGCUGGGAUCUUGAAGCCUGGGGACACAAUCAUAGAGCCAACCUCUGGAAACACAGGAAUUGGGCUGGCCUUGGCUGCAGCAGUGAAGGGUUACCGCUGCAUCAUCGUGAUGCCAGAGAAAAUGAGCAUGGAGAAGGUGGAUGUCCUGAGAGCUCUGGGCGCUGAGAUUGUGAGGACCCCAACUACAGCCAGAUUUGAUUCUCCUGAAUCUCACGUGGGGGUGGCGUGGAGGCUGAAGAACGAAAUCCCCAACGCACACAUCCUGGACCAGUACCGGAAUCCCAGCAACCCCUUGACACACUAUGACACCACAGCUGAGGAGAUCCUGCAGCAGUGUGAUGGAAAGGUAGACAUGCUGGUGGCUACGGCUGGCACAGGAGGGACUAUCACUGGCAUCUCCAGAAAGCUAAAGGAGAAGUGUCCAGGGUGCAAAAUCAUAGGUGUGGAUCCUGAAGGCUCCAUCCUUGCUGCACCAGAAUCACUGAACAAGACUGACAAGACAACGUAUGAAGUGGAAGGAAUUGGAUAUGAUUUUGUCCCCACGGUGUUGGAUAGAUCUACAGUGGACCAGUGGUACAAGAGCAAUGAUGAGGAGUCCUUUGCUUUAGCUCGCAUGCUGAUCCGAGAGGAGGGGCUGCUGUGUGGUGGCAGCUCAGGCAGUGCCAUGUCUGUGGCUGUGAAGGCAGCCAAGGAGCUGAAGGAGGGUCAGCGCUGUGUUGUCAUCUUCCCUGACUCUAUCAGGAACUACAUGUCCAAGUUUUUGAGUGACAAAUGGAUGAUUCAGAAAGGGUUCAUGAAAGAAGAGGACCUUGGCAACAAACCCUGGUGGUGGAACAUCAGUGUUCAGGAACUGAGCCUCUCUGCUCCCCUGACAGUGCUUCCAACUGUUACCUGUGCAAAGACUGUCGAAAUUCUCCGGGAGAAGGGAUUCGACCAGGAACACCUGAGGCUUUUGUGUUGCUUAGCCCUGUCUUUUCUCUCCCUCCCCAGGGUGAUUUUGGGCAUGGUUACCCUGGGUAACAUGCUCUCCUCACUGCUUGCUGGAAAAGUUCAGCCUUCUGAUGAAGUCAGAAAAGUAAUCUACAAGCAAUUUCAACAGAUUAACCUGAAAGACAACUUGGGGAAACUCUCUCAUAUCCUGGAAAUAGACCACUUUGCUCUAGUGGUUCAUGAGCAAAUUCAAUAUCACACUGAUGGCUCCUCCAGCAAGAGGCAAAUGGUGUUUGGCAUCGUCACAGCCAUUGACCUGCUGAACUUUGUGACCGCACGGGAGCGGGAGAGGAAAUCCAACUAAAGCCGAGCGGCGACGUGGAGCCUCUUCACCAACGUUUUGCAAUCUCCAACAAGGAAUCAGGUUUAUUUCUUUAGUAGAAUGGCCUUGAGUAGAAUGGUCUUAGGGUGUUUUUUGUUGUGUGGUUUGUUUUUUUUUUAAAUUCUGAAAAUAAGCAGUGAGCUAUCCUGGUGUCAUCUCUACAGCCAAUGUCUCUUGCUGUAUUGCACAGCUUCCGGGGACUUGUUUCUUAAUCAGCUUACACAAUGUUUCUUAUCAAGACAAUUUUAUUUUUUUACCUAUAUAUAUACAUAUAUCUAUAUAUAUGUGUGUGUAAAAAAUGUUGCCUAAGUUAACUGGUAUGUUCCUUGUUAUGUCUAAAGUCUGGCUUCCGAAAAGAUUGUUUCAGACUCAUAAAAUGUGUUGAAAUAAAGAGUUAAUGAAGCAGAUGCCCAAGAGAGCUCUGGAAAGUUUCAGAUAAUUUCUCCAUGCAGAGGGGUUAAGGUAGAUAUUGCCUGUGUGGAGACAAAAGUGGGACCUGGGGCAUGGGGAUAAAAAAAGGAGGGUUUCCCUUUUGGUGGCAUCAGUGUAAAACAAGAGGAAAUCCUGGGGGUUGCAGCUGAGACUUUCUUCAACCAUCUAUUCUGAGGAAAAACUAGUUUGAGUAGAAACAUGGCAGUGAAGUGACAACCAUAAACUAGUGGUUUUGUUUUUCAUGGUGCACCAGCUUUCCCUGUGAAGACAGACCUGUUUUUUUUCCAAUGGCACCCUGAUAAGUAAACAUAAAUGGAAAGAUUUAAAAGGAUCAAGCUUCUUGCCUGAAGGCUUUUUAAAAUCACACUGUUUCAUCUGUUAUCUUCCCGUUGUCUCCCCACCUUUUCAUUUAUCUUAAAGUGCUUUUUUUGUGCCUGUUUUAGAAGAGCCAAAGGUAAUCUGGCAAGAGCUGUAAACUCUUCCAAGUUUUGCUCAGGUGCUCCUACACUAUAGUGCCUUAUUCCAGGAGAAAAACCCUGCCAUUAGGUGGAUUCACUGUAGCCAAGUAUGGAAGUGAAUGCCAAACAUGGUGUGGAAUGGUAUUGUCAAGAGUACACAGGAGUGAUGUGCAGUAGGACAGAAACUUUUCACUGUUUCUGUAGCUCUGGGCUCUUCAGUCAUGUUUUGUGUGCAUGGCCCUGGCACAGUUUGGCACCAGCUGCCCCAACUGUGCAGCCACUGCUCUCAGUGAAUGGAGUCUCCCUCUGGGGACAGGAGAAAAGUAGCUGUUCUUGACCUUCAUAAAGACUGCCCUGAUCAUCUUCUGACUGGCCUUUUGCCAAGAAGAGCAUUUUUGAUCAGCAAGAGUGACAUUUUUCUUGGCUUGUCUCUCCACUCAAGUUAAAAAAAACCCAAUUAUUUAGGCUGGGGCUAUUGCUGGUUGGAUAGUAAAGUCGGCUUUGUGCCAUGCUGAGUUUAUUCUGCCCUUGUUCAAUUUAUUUCCUUAGACAUUGGCUACCCCUUCAGAUUAGGGCUAUUGCUGAGUUAACAUGUAGUUUAACAAGUAAAUUCAUAUACUUCCCUAGGUUAUAAGACUAUUUUUCUCAAGGCUCUGGAAUAAACUACUAAAAAAUCUAAAAAUAUACAAGUUCAGUAAUAAUUCGUUGUAAAGUGUGGUUGAUUUUUAUAAUAUUUUUUCCCCUUUUGCUGUGCAGUGACUUCUCUCUCACUGUUCCCUCUCACUGUGGAAAGCUGAGCUCAUGUGAGUAUCAGAAGUGUGUGUUACCUGUGUAUUAAAACCAUGGUUUUCAAGCCUGUAUUAGCUUUUCUAGGCUGAACAGCUCUGUCCUACCCCUGUUGCUGCUUGGCAGAGCCUCAUAACUCAGCUUUCAAGCUGUAUUUUUCAGCUUCUUCACAAGGGGUCAUAAAUAACUUAUAGCAGUUAAGGGCAGGAUGUUUGAUUCUAGAGCUUGUGGCAUCCUUUUUUCUCGGUGUUGAGAGUCUGUGAGUGGUCAGUUGUACCCCCUGAGACAUCAGUAUUUCAGCCGAGCUUCUAAACCCCUUUCACAGUUACUUCAAAUACUGUUGCCACAUACAUUUCCAUGUCUAUUCUUAAUUUACAGGGAAGCUCAAGAGACUUAUUUCUUUGAUUACUUGUAUUUUCACUGCAUCCUUUGAUUCCCACACUUGAAAGAGAACCUGAGUACUUCACUAGAUGUUACAACCUGAAGUGUUUGCUGCAAUCGUAGCUGUCACUGCUGCUAAAUUUUGGCAUUACUGCUGCUUUUGAAUGUUUACUUUACUGACUUUUAUCUGAUCCUCACCCCGCCUCCCCCCCAAAUUUUCCAUCUGACCUUUGCUGACGGCAGCAGGGAGGGAGGUGCUUGAGUAGUUGGGGGUUUUUCCCUUUUCCCUGUAAAAGCUCCAUGUCCCAACCUAACUGAAUUCUGCAAGAAAUGUGAAGGAGGUAGAAGGAGGUUCCCAAAGUUGCUUUUUUUGGAACAGCACCACAAGAAAACAGUUGGAGGUGGGCCAGACAAUUAGUGGGCAAGAAAGAAGUGUAAAGAUUCAAAUCUGUUUUUCUUAGUUUACUGUUCAUACCUCAAUCUCAAUAGUGUCAUGAAAACAGGCAGUAUGGUGGACUGAGAAAUAAGGGGUGGUUAGAGCUGGUAGGGCAGAGGGAACGUGAGUCUGGAGCAAUCCAAGUAAGCCAAAGGAUCCAAAGAAAUCCACCUGCUCCCCUCUGCCCAUGUGGUUUGUUAAGAACAGGAGCUGUCUCCUGUUCUACACUGGCACAGGGAGGAAAAGGCAGCCACCAGCCCCUCUCAUUCACAGUAGCAACCCUGUGUGACCACAGGAAUUGGGGAAAUAAAUGGAGUUGCUGAAUGACUGAAAAACUUUCCAGAGCUCUUACCCAUAGCAGGGACGAAGGCAGCAAAGAGAAGGGGACAGGGAAUCCUGCAGGGCUGAAGUUCCCCCUGCAAAAGCUUGUUAUAAGUGUGAUGCUUUUUUGCAUAUCUGAGAACCUCAUUGCUGGCCUGGUCCUGGUUGGUCUUGGUAGGGCUGUAUUAACACUGGGCUCAUCUUUGUUUCAAAUACUCUGAGGACCAAGAAAGACAUUGUGGUUUGUUCAGUCUUUAACCUGAAGCUCAAGGCCAGAGCUUGAACAGAACUGUAUUAUUAAUUUUUUCUGAAGUGGGUGCCUUGCAUCUCCUGUUUACCUGUGCUGGUUAUGCAAGUGCUGACUAAACCUGAGAACUAUUUUGCACAUGGAUAUUUGUAUUAACAAUUUAUGCUGUAUUUGUGUGUCACUGUAAGAGAAUAUCAGUCCUUUUGGUCUCAUGUUGGCUCCACAAUAAUGCUUUAAUUUUCUCACCUGAAGACAAUUAUCCAGUAAAAUCUGUACAAUAUUUUACAAGCAAUCAUCAGGCAAUGACUUAAGGAUCAUGUUUAAGUUUUGUUCAAUGUUAUAUCCCACUUCUUGCACAAGCUGUGGCUGACUCUAGAACUCUGGCUAGCAGAGGUUCCUCUAAGCAGCCAGACCAGUCUCAUUUGCCCACCAAGCUCAUUUCUGAAAACUUCUGCUUGCUGUUACGAAUUUCACACAACACUCACUGUCAGGAGCUGCCUUAUCCCUGUCAUCCAACAGCCUUUCUUACUGUGUAGCAUCAACACACCACAACGACAAAGGGAAGAAUUCUUAUGUUUUAAGGAGCUGGGAAAAAAAAUAAAAUCAAUACUACGAGCUGUAUUUAUUGCACAAAUGUUCACAAACAUACAAUAUAAAGAGUUCAAUAAAAACUUGUUUGAUUGCAGAAUGA